CAAAGUUACGUCAUUCAUAACAUAAUUUGUAUUUAUCUUUUCAUAUGUUGGCUACGAUACGUUUAAUUAAAACAACGAAGAGAAUGAAGUUAGCAGCAAAACACAACAGUAGUUACAGAACACAGGACACCCAUGCUGUAUCAUCAUUAAAAUUGUUGGAAUCCAAAAUAUCAACCAUCGCCGUUUUACUUUUGCAAUAAUUUCACAUAAAAAUAUUUUUCAGAAAUUUUCGAUCGUUUGCGAAUCGCUGUCGGUGGCGUCGCUCAUGGCGACCGUGAUUAUCCUCCUACUGGUACGUCAUAAUCUCCAUAGCGACAGAACAAUGGUCCAGAUCAAUUUAUCCCUUUCUGUGUUGGGGCUUCAUUUGUUCGCCCUUGCGAGCACAGCGGCCACUACGUCACCAGCAGCGUGCGAGGUCGUCACCGUGUUUAUUCAUUUCUGUUUGACGUCAUCAGUUUGCUGGAUGUUUGUCGAAGCUUUUCUGCUUUACUUGAAAACUGCUCCAGGGAAUCUAAGGUUCGCUGCUUACUCGGAGUCGAGGCCUGGGGCAUUGCAUCGGGUCCUCUACAUGUUCGGGUUGUGCUUCCCGCUUGUUCUUGUUAUAGUGGCUGCUUCGGUUGGAUUUACAUACGACGUGUAUAUGGAUUACUCGCCAAGCUAUCUUGACGCAUUGGAACGGCAGAGAAUGUGCAAUAUCACACAAGGGGAACCACCCACACAGGAUAAAUACCAACGAUGUUGGUUGAGUGUGGGAUCAAAGAUGGUGUUGUGGGCAGCUGUGGUCCCAAUUGCUCUCAUACUUACCAUAAACUUGUGCAUACUUAUCCGUACAACAUCGUUGAUAUGGAAACUACGACAACAAGCGCUAUCUUACAAACCUUCAGUGAAAUACCCGAGUGAGCAACGACGGUUGAGUAUCUUGAACAUGGCGGCCACAGCAAGGGCAUUGUUUCUUUUACUUCCAAUCCUUGGUAUACCAUGGGCGGCUGCGUUCCUUGUCAACGCUGGCCAAGACACCGAGGUCUUCAUGUACAUUAACGCUGGUUUAAACGGUCUACAAGGAGUGUUUAUGCUUGUCGUAUAUUGUCUCGCUAAGCAAGAUGUUACAAACGCCCUGAAACGAAGAUUUCAAAGGCUUUGACAACAAAGAACUUUAAUUGUAAUAAAUUUGUAAACUAUAGUUCCUACAUUUAAGCCAAGUUAGCAGUUUCUAAAUUCUGUCCCUAAAACCUGAUCGUUUAUACGAUAUCUAUAUUUGGCGGGAAACAGCUGAUUUAAGGAGAAAUCAACUUUUAUUCAAAACAAUCCAAAUAUGGUGAAGUAUUGCAUAUUCCAUGUGUUGUAAAUAAAACCAACUUUAUUACAAAUGAAUUCACCGAUCGCAUUAAAUUCAUCAAAAACAGUUUACGAUGGUUUUGUAAAACACGGUGAGAAGUUUUAUCGUUUGCAAGUUCGUGGGGAAGCGGGGCAAAGCUCGGUGAAGUACAGAGUUUGUUGUGAUUGGAAAUUACGUCAUAUCCUCCGUGAUCAUCUUCCCUUGUUGAACGAGAGGCUUCAAUCUUGUGCCGAUGUUUCUACCUUCAUAUCGGAUGUGAAAACCAUUCUUGGUGUUCAAAGUGAUCAACAUUCACCCUCACACUGCUACAAGCAUUAUGGGAGGGUGUUGAAGGAAAUUGAGGAGGUUGGUUGGGACAAACUAAACAACAUCAGCGAAGAUUUCAAACUAAUAAAGUUUCAGUUCCAAGACAAUAGUGAACGGUGGCAUUACUUUGGUUUGAAACUGAACGAUAAUUAUCCUCAAGAAAGCCCUGAGUUUAUGGUUGACCUGCCGUGCCCAUUCAUACCCGUGUGGGCAUGUGGCAGCAACUUGAUGACGUUGUGUCAACAGUUUAUUGAAGUUCUUGAUUUACAUCAAAGUUUGUGGGACAUGGUUGACGAACUGAAGGAUAAAUGUUGGGUGUUGGAACCGGAACAACCUAAUUAUGCUUCAACCUCGUUUAGGAUUGCUCUCGAGCAAACGACAUCGGUGGUGAUCGACAUCAACCCGCUACAUCCGGAAGAAAUACCGGAUUGUAAAUUUCUCGGGUCCGAAACAUCCGUUGCCAAACUUGAGGAGAAAUAUCAACAAGGAUACCAGGAGUGGAGUGACAGUUUGUCCCUAUACCAGAACAUCCAGAUGUUGUUUAACAUCAACUUUCACAAACCUCCCAACACAACUUCCAUGGAAUCCAACUUACAAUGUGGGAUAUGUUAUGGUUACAGACUUGGAACGCAAACUCCAACACAGGUAUGCAACGAUGAGCGGUGCAACCAGAUUUACCACCACGACUGUUUAGUUCAAUGGUUACAAAGCAUUCCAGGAGUUAAAAGGAGCUUUGGUAUCAUAUUUGGGGAAUGCCCUUAUUGUUCCAAUAAUAUCAAGCUCAAGAUUCUACAAAAGUGAAAUAUUCAUCAAGUCAUGGGGCGGGUGGGUUUCAAUCCAUACUAAUAAAGGCAGUAUACGAUCUUUUGGGUAAAAUAUGGGGUGACAUUGUUAAAAUACAGUUACACUCAUAGUUGUCAAACAUAGGGAACCUCAUUGAUUAAUGUGGUGAAUGCAAUAUACUUUGGCUCUGCUUGUUUGUAAAGACACCUGUUUUCCUGUUAAAACUGAUUGGCUAAAUCGUGUCGAUGUCACCCCUGUUUCAAACUCCCGAAGACAGGGAGCCUAUUACACACCCAGGGCAUGGGUUUCUAACUUUUACACGCCCCCUCCUACUUCCUUCUGUAUCUUCUUUUCUCCGGUCUUCGUUUCUGCUUCGGUUGAACGAUCGUUCGUUUGCGCGGUUGAAUGAUUGGUUCCAAUAUAUUCGAAAGAUGCCCCCUCUCCUCCAACAUAGCGAGGAACAAACUGAUGAAUGGAACAUAAUCGUGCGUCCUUCGUGCAUGGUCAACCUUGUACCGAUGUCUUCGUUCGUCUUCCUCGUUCAACGAGACCUCACAUCGAUCCACGCCGCGCUUCAUCGCACACAAUAUUAACGAACAUUUCGUUUCCAAAUCAUCUGUCCCACAAGUUUCAAUGACGUUUAUGACAUCAUCAUCAAAAUGUUCAAGUAGUUUUUUAGAUUUCAAAAUUUCAACGAAAUCUUUGUCACCAUUGUCAUGUUGGAAGCCAUUGUUUUGUAACAAAUGAGGUUGUUUGUCAUCAAUGUGCGUUUCAUAUUUUGGUUCAAAUUUAAACAUUUCUUCACAAUUCGUUUCCGAUUUCUCCAGAA